AUGAGCGAGGAUUGCCCUCAACUAUCACGAAAGAAGCGCAAGUCGGACUCGAGCGACGAGUUGAGCCGCGCGAGCAUGUCGACAAACGCGGACGAGAAUACCGAACUGGUAGAAAAAGAGUGUGAAGAGUUGAAAGCGAAGUGCAAGGAUUUGGAGGGGAAGAAUCGGGAGUUGCAAUGGCAGUUACAGUGGGCGAAGAAGGAUUCAAAGGAGAGAAUGAGUGAGGCUGAAAGAAAGUAUGAGUUACUAGAGAGAAGUCACGAGAUGUUAAAGAAGGAGACUACUGGGGACAAGGAUUUAAAGCAGAGGAACUGUAACUUGGAAGGCGAGAUUGAGGCUGUGGAAAGGGAGAACGAGGAGUUGGAGAAGAAAUUUGGGACAUUGAAGGGGACUGUCCUGAGCUUGCUGUCAUAA